AUGGAGAAUCCGCGGGCCUCCGGGCCCGACCGGGCCCCGAUGCUCGACGGCAUCGAGUCCAACCACAAGUCCAUCAUGGAGGCGUUUGUGGCGCGCAAGAUCGACGCAGUUGCGGCCGGCGGUGAUUGGGACGGCAAGCGCAGAAGCAGCAUGUCGCCGCCGCCGCCUUCUGUCGUCUGGCGCCGUCGCCACCGGUCCUCCGAGUCCGACGCCAGCAGUAUAGCGUCCUCGGCCUUGUCCAUAGCGCCGCCGUCCAUCUUGAGCAUCAGCCCGCCGCCGACCGCGACCCUCAGUCCGACUUUUACCAUCUCGUCGCACGAGCAGCAUGGCUGGGCAACGCCAAAGAUGCGCGCCCGCGGCAUGUCCAUCGCCUCGCUUGAGGUCCCCACCACGCCCACCUCUAUCGGAGAGUCCGCAAAGCACCAGUCUAUCAUGUCCAAGCACCAAUCCAUCAUGAAGCCGCUGCCGCCACUGCCACCCCAGCAGCAACCGUCGGGCUUUGGCGAGAUCACCAUCCCCCACAGGCCGAAGCGGAGGAAGCACCGUCAGUCGUGGGACUCGGGCUACCGCUCGCAGAUGAGUGGGCCGCACACGCGGGGCAACUCGGUCGACGAGGGCACUGCCGCCUGGCCCUCGAUUCACCGACAGCAGCAGUUACUAAGGGACAGGGAGGCCAUGCCACCGCCCGCCCCGCCUUCAGAACAGCAGCAGGAGCAGCAACCGCAACGGCAGAGCGCGCCGUCCGUCAACCCAGAUGCCCUGAACAUCCUCGAGUCAUCUGCUCCGGCACCUUCGAGCCCGGUUUCGUCAUCAGAUUCAGAGGAUGAGGACGAAGGGAUCGACCUGGACGAGGCCUCGUCCGAUACCACCACGCCAGCCGAGGACGCCGCUGGCCGGGUCCUCAACUACGCGCUGGACGUGGCCCUUGGUCUUGGAACACACGAGAUCGACGACGAUCCGACCUGCCGCACCGUCGUCCACAACUUCUUCAGCGACCUCCAGUGGGCAGUCAAGAAGUCGCAGCAGCAGCAGCAGAACGACUCAGACCAGCCCUCGAGGACGGUUUCCAGCGCGUCCAACGGGAGCAGGGGGAGUCGGCGGUCCACGGGUAGGAGCAAGCGCAAGUCGCGCGAGGGCACUGACGGGGACGGUGGGGAAGACGGCACCGAGGAGGGAGGCGGCGGUGGCGGUUCCAAGCAGCGGGAGCCCGGGCCGGCCAAGCGGGCCAAGUUGGAAUCGCCGGUCCGGAUGAGCUGUCCAUUUAGGAAGAAGAACCCGCUGCGGUUCAACGUCCGGGACCAUCGACUGUGUGCGCUAACUGUGUUUACCGACACUGCCGAGCUGCGCCGCCACAUCCAGGACUGCCACAAACGCCCCAACAACCUACCCCAGCACCGCUGCCCACGGUGCCAGACGCAGUUCUCGACCGCCACAAAUCUCCGCGAGCACCUCUUGUUCCGUGACAACGUGCUCUGCGAUAUUGUUGACGCCACCACCGCAGCCGAUGCCGAAGCCGUUUACACUAGUGGUGGUGGCGGCGACCGGAAUAGCACGGGCAGCAGCCUCAGCAGCAACUACCAAAUGCGCGUCGACCCCGAGGACGGUAUUGACCCUGCGACGGCAGAAAAGCUACGGUCCAAAAAGGGCCGGGUGUCGGACUCGAUCGAGGUGCAGUGGCUCAAGAUCUGGGAGCUGUUGUUCCCGGAUACCGAGGUGCAGCCGUACGACUAUGUGGCCGUCAUUGAGCACCACGAGCUGCAUGCAAAGUACCGCGAAAGUCUGCCGGUCCUGCGCGGGUCGCUGUCCGCCAUCGGGCUGGGCGACAGGGGCCUCGAGACGCUCGACCACAUCCUGACCAACCACUUGAUCGAUCUGUUUGAGCAGUGCAAUGAGGAGGGGAGGAGGAAAGACUACCGGAAUAGGUACAGACAGUCGGCUAGGAGUUCAACGACUGCUCCAGCACCUCAACCACAACCACAACAACAGCAGCAACAGCAACAGCAGCAACAGCCAACCACACAGCUGCGCAAGCAGUCCUCCCUCCGACAACGUUUGGCCACCGCCCAGCGUGACUCUGGCUUCGUCGACGACGAGAGCUACAUGGAAGGUGGCAUCACGCCGGCGUUGACCUCAGACGACGGCUCAAGCCCCGGCUACGUCUUUGUCAAGCCGGGUGAAAUCACCCAGUCGUCCGUGUCCCCACCGCAGCACUUCUCGGGCUACUCUCCCGGCAUAGACGAUAUGAUGCUGCCCGGCGCCACCCCCGCGGCCGUCACCAUGGCGGGCGCAGCGAUGACGGACGGCAGCAUGAUGACUGCCGGAUCAUUUGCCGCAGAUCCGUGCUUCUCGGACUACUUCAUCCCUCAGGGCCACGAGAGUGGAGACCUGGGCCUGCAGUACGGCAGCCUGGGCGACUACCAGCCGUUUGGGCAGGGGCUGGGCGUUUAUGGUGGUGCGUCCGGCGCUGAGAUGCCCUGGAUGACGCCCAUGGUCAUCGGGGCCAACGAGGCAGAUCUUGGUGCCGGCCAGCAGGACAACACGAGCGCGUGGGUUUACGGACAGCCUUCGUGA